GCGAGAGAGAGAGAGAGGGGGGGGGGGAGAGAGAGAGAGAGAGCUGUGGCACGAGCCGUGGGAUCCUCUUCAGUGCAGGCUCCGGGCUUCAAAAUAAAAACCACUGCAUCCGUGUAUUUUAAGCAUUUAUGGUUGCUGUUGUAAAAAGCAUGAAGGCUAAACGGAAGAUCCCCGUCCCGUUUGUCAGUGUGAGCCUCGACUUUCUGUCACGAGCAUCAGAUACCAAGUGAAACCAGGAGAGAGCACCACGCACGCGCGCAAAGAAGAGAUUGGACACCUGAUUCUGUCGGGUGACUUUAGAGCGCUAUUUACAUUUUUAUCUGAAAGAAAAUCCGUGUUUUAUUUUUGGAAGGCUCUCGUGCUGUAGCGGGGCAGCUACAGUGGAUUAUAAGCAGCAUGGACAUAUGGGGAAAAGAGGACAGAUCACUGCGUUGACUUUUGAAGCAACGCGUCGAGUCUUGACGCUAUAGCGUUACGCAUUUAUUUUACUGUGAGUGUUUUUUUUUGUUUUUUUUUUACCCCCCUCCUGUUUGAAUUGCCCUCGCUGCUGCAUCUCAACAUAAUUAAAGUCAAAUAUCUGUGGAUAAGGAGCAGCGCUGGGUGUUGUCAGCGAGGGAUGAGAGAAGGAGGAGGAGGGGGCAGUAUGAGGUGUGCUUUUUUUGGAAAAGCCGGAGAAAGACAGACACCGAGAAGGUGUACUGAUGUGCGAAAGCCUGCGACUCGUUACCCUCCUGAGAAAUAAUUGCGAUCCGGGAAGAAAUGGCCUAGUUUGAACACCAUCGACACGCCGGCAGAGGAUAGAAAAGAAGAAAAUCGUGUUUAGAUACAUGGACGGGCCAUUAUCAUCAUCAUCAUCGUCAUCAUCAUAAUUCCGGUGCUUGCAUCGAGUCUUUGAGGUGUAAUUGGCUUCCUGACUGCAGCUCUGGACCCAUCAGGAGAUCCAAAGAGGAAGACGGAUGAGACCACAGUGUCUACCUGAGAAUGCUACCUGUCCAAUUGCCUCACCAUGUCACUAUAGGAGAACUGUUAACCUGUCCCCAUCCACAAAUCCUCUUUUUUCCUUCGUUAUCCCCAGUAAACCUCUGAGUUUGUGGUCCCUCUCUACACCACUCCUGAAGUGAAAUGACUAAGAGAGCUUUUAUUUUGGACAUGUUGUUUUUUCCUCUCAAUGCUGCCAGCCACCAGGGCUAUGGUGGAAAGCGUCAUUAUACAUCACAGCAGGUCGCCAAUCACUGUCUGCUGUGGCUACUGGGACUGGUUUUACACCUCACUCUUUCCACAUGUCAACGAGUCGACCUGAAGCACCCCAUAGUAUCCACAGGCUACGGGAAAGUCCGUGGGAUCAGAAAGGAGCUGAACAAUGAGAUCCUGGGUCCUGUGGAACAGUUCUUAGGUGUGCCAUAUGCCACUGCACCUAUCGGGGAGCGUCGCUUCCAGCCUCCUGAGGCUCCAGGAUCCUGGCAAGAGAUCCGCAACGCCACCCAGUUUGCCCCAGUGUGUCCCCAGAAUGUGCACGGGGUUUUACCUGAGAUCAUGCUACCCGUGUGGUUCACAGACAACCUGGAUGCGGCAGCGACUUAUGUCCAGAACCAGAGCGAAGACUGCCUUUACCUCAACAUCUACAUACCUACUGAAGAUGGGCCGCUCACAAAAAAACAAGAUGAGUCUACGAUGAACAGACCACGGGAUGAAGAUAUUCGGGACCGUCGUAAGAAGCCUGUGAUGCUCUUCAUCCAUGGGGGCUCCUACAUGGAGGGCUCAGGGAACUUGUUUGACGGCAGCGUCCUCGCCGCCUAUGGAAACGUCAUCGUGGUAACCAUGAACUAUCGCCUCGGUGUGCUUGGUUUUCUCAGCACAGGGGACCAGUCUGCAAAGGGGAACUAUGGCCUGUUGGACCAGAUCCAGGCCCUGCGCUGGCUCAAUGAAAACAUCGGCCACUUUGGAGGAGACCCAGAGAGAAUCACCAUUUUUGGUUCGGGAGCUGGUGCCACCUGUGUGAACCUCCUCAUCCUCUCCCACCACUCUGAGGGUUUGUUCCAGAGAGCCAUCGCACAGAGUGGCUCAGCCAUCUCCAGCUGGGCGGUCAACUACAGACCCGUCAUGUAUACCAAGAUCCUUGCGAGAAAGGUCGGCUGCACUCUGGGGGACAUGGCCGCCUUGGUGGACUGCCUGCGGAGGAAAAAUUUCCGGGAGCUGGUGGACCAAGACAUCCAGCCCGCACGCUACCACAUCGCCUUCGGGCCGGUGGUAGACGGAGACGUGGUGCCUGACGACCCUGAGAUCCUCAUGCAGCAGGGAGAGUUCCUGAACUACGACAUCCUGCUCGGUGUCAACCAAGGAGAGGGUCUGAAGUUUGUGGAUGACAGUGAAGGAGAAGAUGGAAUAUCUGCUGCAUCGUUUGACUAUACAAUCUCCAACUUUGUGGACAAUCUAUAUGGAUACCCUGAUGGUAAAGACAUCCUGAGGGAGACUAUAAAGUUCAUGUAUACAGACUGGGCGGACAGAGACAACACUGACAUGCGUAGGAAGACCCUCCUGGCUCUGUUCACGGACCAUCAGUGGGUGGCCCCCGCUGUCGCCACGGCCAAGUUGCACGCAGAGUUCCAGUCGCCUGUCUUUUUCUACACCUUCCACCACCACUGUCAGACCGAGGCCAGGCCCGAGUGGGCGGACGCGGCCCAUGGAGACGAGAUCCCUUACGUGUUUGGUAUCCCCAUGGUGGGAGCCACUGACCUGUUUCCCUGUAACUUCUCCAAGAACGACGUGAUGCUCAGCGCCGUGGUCAUGACUUACUGGACCAACUUUGCAAAGACGGGGGAUCCCAACCUACCUGUUCCUCAAGACACCACGUUCAUCCACACCAAGCCAAACCGCUUUGAGGAGGUCAUCUGGACAAAGUUCAGCUCCAAAGACAAGCAGUAUUUACAUAUCGGCCUGAAGCCUCGUGUCAGGGACAACUACCGCGCCAACAAGGUGGCCUUCUGGCUGGAGCUGGUGCCUCAUCUGCACAGCCUCCACAAGGAGAUCAUCAGCUCCAUCACCACUCGACUGCCGCCCGGAGGAACCAACCGCUGGAAGGCCACCCAACGCCCUGGCGGCCAUUCCACACCCGCACCGCCAGAUCCUGACCCCGACAGCUCAGAAAGACCCCGCUAUUCCCCCUUCCCCAGCGAGACGAGGGACUACUCCACCGAGCUGAGUGUGACGGUGGCCGUGGGCGCUUCGCUUCUUUUCCUGAAUGUGCUGGCAUUUGCCGCGCUGUACUACAAACGAGAUAAACGCCAUGAACUCAUGCAGAGACGCCACCGCCGACUGUCCCCACAGCGUGGCACCACCAUGGGCAUGGGAGUCGGCAUGGGCGUGGUCGGGUCCCCUCCUCACAACGACCUGGCGCUGAGUCAGGAGGAAGAGCUCAUGUCGUUGCAGAUGAAGCAGCAGAGAGUGGAGCUGGAGCACGGCACCCCGCUCCCUUCCCGCGCUCUCCACGGCGACUUGGAACCCUUGCGGCCCCCGGUGUGUCCGCCCGACUACACGCUGGCCCUGCGGCGAGCACCGGAGGACGUGCCACUGAUGACAGCCAACACCCUCACCAUGAUCCCGAGCACCAUCAGCGGCAUGCAGCCCCUCCACCCCUUCAACACUUACCCCCCUGUCCCAGCCCCGUCCACUACACCCGUCCCCAGCCACAGCAACAAUGCCCUGCCACACCAACACUCCACCACCCGUGUAUAGGACCAGGCACAACCGCACAAACUGCUCCAUACAAUCGCCACCCUCGCCUCCCCUUUCGUCUUCACUUUACCUUUGUCUUUUUUCAUUCAGCCCUCAAAUAAAGCUGCAGUUUGUAAGAUUGUAAGCGGUGGAAUACCUCUAAAAAUGUAAGCAUAAAUCAAGGGGGAGUUGAUUGAAAAAGCUCCUUUGCCAAAAGCCUAUCAUUAAAGGUUUAUACUGCUUUGCUCAACUAAGGUUGUCUUGCUCAUGAGAGCCACCAAAUGCAUCUUAACCCCCUUUACACAAUCAGUCAGUAAUCUUCUGUGUAGCUUGGUUGUUUUUUGCGCAUGUGUUGUUGGGUCAGUGUAAAACUAUGUUUGACAUAGCUGCAUAAAUCCAUUCUCAUUCAUUUAGUGGAAAGAUAAUACAGUAGCGAGCAGCUUUGUAUGAGGCAACAUAUGCCCCCUCAAGCUGUCUGUCAUAAAGCGGUGAUUUCUUGAAACUUACAAAUUGCAGCUUUAAAGGCCCAAUCUGGAAGUGGAACUUGGCACCCAGUGUUGAGCAGUGUCCCAACAGCUGUCUCUUUGUUUGGAUUUUGGAGAUAUUUGUUUAGUGUGAAGUAAAUCAACAGCACCAGAAGUACAAGGAGGAUCUAUUUGACAUUCAAGUAUUAGGUUUUUGGAAAUUUAAAAGAGUAUUUUCUGUGAAUUUACGUACCUGUUUUUAGUUCUGUAGCGUUCCAUAUGCCAUCGAAGAUUAAAAAUGAAGUAUUGCAUUUGAGACAUUUCCAGAUUGGGGCUUCAAGUGUUGGGCAAUACAGGAAAUACCUGAAUCAUUGUCAGUCUGUGGGAUGCAACCUGGAAUCCAGGCUGCCCAUUAGAACUCACUGCAUCUCGGCAGUAAUCGCAUUCAUUACUUUAUUUGUUCCUCGCUCAUUAUCUCUCUGUCUGUGUCCCUAUUUCAGCCCAUUUAACCACCUCUCUCUUUUCCGCCCUUUUUCCUCUCCACAUCUGCCCUUGUAGCUCUUUUUAAUUCAACCAUCGACAUCAUCCACUUCCAUCUUCACUUCUCUCCUUUUACUCGCAAUCACUUCUAGACUCUCUUUUCCUUUUGGAGUCUUUUAUACAAGAAAAAAAAAACACAAAUGUAAAUGAUGUAUUAUUAAUAAAUUGUAAGGAUAUGAAUGAAAAAAAAAAAGAUAUUCUGAUAUCUCGUUUUUACCAGCAUUCUUGGUGCCAAGUACUGUGAUCAAGUUCCUCUUUCACUGGCGUCCAGUGGAGCGCCUGGAGAGGUCCAUCCUGACUCUAUCUUACAAAAGGAAAUACCAUCAUAAAAAGUGCCAACCCCUUCAUCUUUCUGUUUGAUCCACACACUUCAGUUUGUUUUUACUACACUCAAUGUUGCACUGUGGCUGGUCUCUUCUUUAAAGGGAAAUCAGAUUCAAUAUAUCCUUGUUUAAAAAAAAAAUAAUAAUAUACAUUUUUAUUAACUUCUUUGCUGUGUGGGAUAUUUGCAUGAUUAUUUUUUUAUUUUAAAGAGUGUGGACGGAGAAGUAUGUUUGUCAUUUGAUGAUUUGCCUUUUUUUUUCUUCAUUUGUUUUCUUUUUGGAAAAUCAUUUUUAUUUUUUAUUUUAAUAUCAGCUGCACUUUGUGGUACUUGGAAAAGGGUAUUAAAGUAUUAAGAGAUAACUAUUGUGUAAAACUAUGAUUAUAACAAAGAGUAAAUAUUUCCUCUUUAUUUUUUUCAUUUCCUAACACUGAGGCUGUGCCGCAACACUACCAGAGACUGAUGAAAGACUUUUUUUCUUUGCGCCCUCUUUUCGCUCUGUUUCUCUAUCUUUUGCAACUGUCAAGUCUACAGUCACUGUAUCUCAAUCUCACUUGAAGAUAGCACUUUUUUGAGUUACAAGGAGAAGAAAAAAAAAGAAACAACUACUUUACAUGAAUAGUCUAAAUAAGGUUUUUGUCUGUGACUGACAUUAACCACAAGCUUCAAGUGUUGGGAGACUGCCUGACGGUUUUAUCUUUACGUCUGCUCUUUUGUUGUUUCAUGAUUCUCCCCCCCACAGCAACGCGGGGGUGGGGGGGGAUAGGAUAAGAUAUUUAUGAUGGUCAAAAGGUGAGAUAGCCUUGUAUGCGCGUUUCACAUCUUUCGCACAACUGAACACAGAGAUGGGUCACACUCUGGACAAUUCUGAACAAAAAAAAAAAAAAACAGUGGCAUUAGGACAACACUGGACAAAUGCUGAUGACAUAUCUCGUCAGCUGAUCUGUCAGUGAACAGAGGAUGCAUUCUAAAAACCUGAUUUAAAAAAAAAAAAAUCUUUAUUGACAGACAUUACUUGUACACCACAUACCACAAAAACAAGGCGAGUGGGAUUUCAUCUGCCCUCCUUGCAAUGCUCUGUAUCCUGUCUGCUUAGGAUAGCGACACUCUGGAUCCAGACUGCCAUCCCACACACUGGACUGGAGCGUGCGCAAGGACUAAACCAACUAAAAACCAACACAUGAAACAAACUGUACAUUUUUUAAGUGUAAGAGAACAAACUGGAAUUUGUAAAUAUUAUGUUUGUCGUUUGGUUUGAGUGAUUGGCCGGAUCUUUUCUUUGUGACAACAGGUGCAAGUUUCGACGACGUACAUGAUUUGUUUAGCACUCAUGUUUGAUUCUCCUUUAUUUCCUAGAUCUCAAGGGCAAGUUCCAACAGGUAAUUGACAACAUGAAUACACCUGUUUGCAUACAGUAGUCAUUUAAAAAAAGAAAAAAACACAGCAUGGUUUAGGUUGAGUUAGAAACUAAAAAAGGAACGCGUAAGGCUCAGGGUAGCUUGUGGUGGUAAACAUGUUCUGACUGCAGGGAUGGCUGUUUAAAGCAGAAUAUCCACACCUUGUCCUUAUUCUUUCAGUCAUGAAGGCAGCUUCGGAGUGAAAUGAGUUCUUUCAUUGGUUAAAAAGCCAAAGAACAGCUGCAUAGAACAUAUGACUGACAGGUCAAAUAAAUCUGUUCAAGAUAACACCAGAAAAAACAAGAGAUAGGACAGGUGUUUGAAAUGUGCUCAAAACAAACCACAAAUCAAGGAUUGUUUUCUUAUGAUGCUAUUUGUCAGUGUCUCACGUUGUCUUGAGCAUCGUCAUACAGUGUUACCCUUAAUUGGGAGGUAGAAGAGUCCUUUGUACUCUUCCGUCUUAUUUCAGACUCUUAUUGUGAUGGUUGUUUUGCUACCUUUUGCAUAUUUGUCUGCACAUUCUGUUUUGGGGACUGUUGACCCAGCUGUUUGGUGUGAGUUUGAGUUGCCCACGCUUCUAGGAACAGCAUUACUAAGAUUUUUUGCUUGUGUUUUUUUUUCUUUUUUUUUUUUCGAAACAAGGGUUUGGACAGCCAACAGGUAAUGGAAGCACACUCACCAAGUUUACAUGUUUACACUACAGUUUUGAUGUUGGCUGGAGGUCAGAGAAAAAAAGAAGAAGAAAAAAAGCAUUACAAAGAUUCCAAGUAUCUUCUUAGUACAACAUUUAUUCCUGGAAUGGUUAAGUGAAGGCUUGCACCUGUUUGUCUGUUUCAUUUAGUCUGAUUCAGUAACCUGCUUGAAGCUCAAGAUACUGUGAGAGAGCAUAAUGAUCAGAAGGGGUUGAAGAAUUAAAGUUAAUAUUUCUAUUUCAAAUAGAGGCUAUUACACACUGUAUGUUGUGUAUAUGAACUGGAAAACAUUAAAAGAUAUUCUUAAACAAA